GGCCACCGCGGAAGUCGCAUUGCUUGUCUCCGGCUACGGCUCGGGAGCGGACCAUCCGCUACGGCCCCACCUUCGGCGCCGUGAGAGAUGACAGAUGGAGGGUUAUCGUUUUCCGGCGUCAUCAGUUACCCCCGACUUGCCCCCCACAGUGACCAUUAUAAAUUCAAGCUUAACAGCUUAACAUGGUCACAGUCCGCAAGACAGAACCCUCCAAAGCAUCUUGCAUAGUUCCCUUCGCCAUGUCCAACGACGACAAGGAGAUGGCCGGGGACCAGCUCGAGUCCAAAUGGCAGAGCCGGCACGUGGACGAGCGCGAGAUCCCCGUCGAGCAGCGCAAGGCAGAGGCCCGUCUGUUGCGCAAGGUCGACUGGCGCCUCAUCCCCAUCCUGGGCAUCCUCUACUCCAUCGCAGGCCUCGACCGCGUCAACCUGUCCAAUGCGCGCGUCGCCGGCAUGGACAGCGACUUGCACUUUGAUGUUGGCGACCGCUACUCCAUCGCCCUUCUCAUCUUCUUCGUCACCUACUUCCUCUUCGAAAUGCCCACGACACUCAUCCUACGUUGGGCGGGCCCAAAGCUGCUGCUCAACAGCCUGGUGUUCAGCUGGGGCUGCGUCAUGCUGGGCAUGGGCUUCGCCAACGAUUGGCGCGUCAUCGUCGUCUGUCGCAUGCUCAUCGGCAUCCUCGAAGCCGGGUUCCUGCCUUGCUGUAUGUACCUGCUCAGUAGUUGGUAUCAGCGCUACGAGGUGCAGCAGCGCAUGGCGCUCUGGUACAUGAUCAAUCUGUUCGUGUCCGCUUUUGGUAACAUCCUGGCGUACGCACUCAUCAAGCUGGACGGCGCGCAUGGGAUAGAAGGCUGGCGAUGGAUCUUUAUCAUCGAGGGCGCCAUCACCAUCGGCUUCGCCUUCUUGGGGUACGCCUUCACGCUGCCGUUCCCAGACCAGCUCUUGGCGUCGGGCAAGAAGUCGACCUUUUCCCAAGACGACCUGCAGACAAUACUCGAUCGAGUGGAGCGGGAUCGGGGCGACGCUGAGCCGGACGCCCUGACGUUCCGGAAAGUACUGCACCAUGCGGCACGCUGGGAGCUUUGGGUAUAUGGCUUCAUGUUCCUCUGCUGCAGUGCGCCAAUCUACGCCUUUGCAUACUUUAUCCAAAUCAUCCUCACGACACUCGGUUACGGGACAGCCAAGGUCUUCCUUCUUUGUGCGCCGCCGUAUCUGUUCAGCAUUAUCUGGACAUUGGCUGUUGCCUGGUGCGCGGAUCGCUCGAGACUCAGAAUGCCGUGGAUGGUGCUCAACGCGGCCAUCACCUUGACCGGCCUAUUGUUGACGGCCUACCACGGCAACAAUGCUGUGCGCUAUUUUGGUGUCUUCCUUGGUGUCUCUGGAUGCAACGGCAACCUGCCGACCAUCAUCGCCUUUCAGUCGAAUAAUGUGCGCGGCGACUCACGCCGCUCGGUCGCCAGUGGCGUGCAGAUGCUGUUUGCCUCGCUGGGCGGUGUCUACGCUUCGUGCACCUUUAUGCAGACAGAGUAUCCUACGUACCGAACGGGGGUUUGGUGUGCCGUUGCGACGCAGUUCCUGCUCAUUGUCCUGGUCGGCCUGAUGUGGUGGUGGUUCAAGCGCCAAAACAAAAAGGCCGAGACGCAGGGGGUCAUCAUACAGGAGGAUGCCGACUACCGCUAUACGUUCUAGACGGGUCAAAAUUUGACUCAUUCAUGGUGUUGGUGGCACUUGAUGAUAACUUGAGUAAUUGUUUUUGACCGAUUGAAUGCGAUUGAUCACGUACCUAG